CUGAUCCAAGCAUGCCUCAGCCUAUGUUUCUCCUACUUUGGCAAGCUCAAGAGAUGCAAGCAACAUGCUAGCCUGCUUCACUCAUCCUGACGCAUCUGCAGUCGACAAUUCGAAAGUGUCGCGUUGUGCAGUUCAUUUGUCUCACGCCUUCUUUUAGCGCGCGACUCGACGUAGAAAGCCUUGAGCUUCAAUAGUGAAUUAGCACUCUCUCCAGUCGGCCUGCAAGGGUAUACGGCCAGUCAGUCAGUCGCUGUGCAGAAGACAGACAACGUCUUUGGGAUUGCAUAGCAAAUCAUGCCUCCCAAAGCAGCCGAGUCGGAAGCGAGGGCCCUAGAUCGGCCGACAGCCCUCAUCUUCAAGCAAGUCCUACAUGCCUAUGAGACCAAGCAGUACAGUAAAGGUGUCAAGCUCGCUGACUCCGUUCUCAAGAAGUUUCCUGGGAACGGAGAGACACUAGCCAUGAAGGGCUUGUUGUUGAGUAACAUGGAUAAGCGGGACGAAGGUUGGGAGUGUGUACGGAAGGGCCUGCGAUGUGAUCUCAAAUCACAUCUAUGCUGGCAUGUCUACGGCAUGCUAUACAGAGCAGAGAAGGAUUGGGAAGAGGCACUCAAAUGUUAUGCUCGUGCACUUUCACUCGACCCCUUCAACUUGGUUAUUCAACGGGAUUUGGCAGUGAUUCAGUCUCAAUUACGCUUGUACCCUGCAUUAUGUGAGUCUCGCAAUGAAUUGAUGAAGCGGAAUCCCGAGCAACGAGGUAAUUGGACGGCGUAUGCUGUGGCGUUGUUCCUGAACAAGGAUUACAAGGCUGCAGAGAAGGUGCUGGAUGACUAUGAGGAGCAGUACCUACCCAUUAAACCGGUACGCAAUGCAGAACACAGUAUGACAACGCUAUUCAAGAACACCAUCCUUGCAGCGUCAGGAGACACGUCAAGCGCUCUGGCGCACAUUCGGGCAGUGGACUCUCAAAUUCUCGACAAGCUGGAGAUUCAAGAGCGAAUCGGCCGUUAUCAACUAGUAUUGGAGCAAUAUGGAGAAGCCGCAACAACGUAUGAAGCACUCAUGGAUCGCAACCCGGAUAGACAUCAAUACUAUGGUCUGCUUGAGAAAGCGCUACAAUUACGAGAUGCAGAGGGUAGAAUACAGGAUACAGACAAGUUGCACAAGCACUAUAUCGAGCUGCAAUCGCGGUAUCCCAAAUCUACCGCAGCGAGACGUUUACCGCUGGAUUGGCUUGAAGGUGAUGCAUUCCGAUCCUCUGCGGAAGAGUAUCUGCGCAAUCUGCUUCAGAAGGGUAUUCCCUCUACAUUCGUUGAUGUCAAGGCGCUCUACAAGGACAAGGCCAAAGCAGAUGCCAUGGAACAAAUCGUUGAGCGGCUUGUUGAAGAAUGGAAGACAAAGCCUGUUGAAGCAACGAAUGGCCAUGGUCAUGAUCAUGAUGCAGCGCCCACGUCAGUCUUGUGGAGUCUCUACUUUUUGGCCCAGUCCUAUGAUUACCGGCGAAAUUUGGAUCGUGCCAUGGAGCUCAUCAAUGAGGCCGUCAUCCACACACCUACGCUCGUCGAAUUGCAUCUCACCAAAGCACGUAUCUUGAAACAUAUGGGCAAGGUUCAAGAAGCCGCUGAGCAGAUGAACCAGGCAAGGGAGCUUGAUCUACAAGAUCGCUUCAUCAACACCAAAUGCACUAAAUACUACCUACGUGCCGAUCAAAAUGCAGAAGCCAUCAACGCCAUCAGUCUCUUCGCCAACACGACACUAGGUGGCGGUGCCAUCGGUGACUUACAGGAAAUGCAAUCGCUGCAAUUCCUAGUGGAAGACGGACUCUCUUACCUACGGCAGAAAUACAUGGGCUUAGCGCUCAAACGCUUUGAUAGCGUUCGCAAGGUGAUGCAGACUUGGUUUGAUGAUCUCUACGACUUCCACACAUAUUGCUUCCGCAAGGCGACGUUGGACGCCUAUGUCGAAGCAUUGCAGUGGAGUGAAGGUGUUUUUGCUUCGCGUCAGUAUAAACGUGCUUGCAGAGGUGCAGUCAGUGCUCUGUUACAGCUCCACCAACACCCUGAACUCAAGCUGGGUCCACUUGACGCUGCAGAUGCAACCGAUGCCGAUAAGAAGAAGGAGAAGAAACGUUUCCAAAAAGUCAGAGCACGCGUUUCUAAGGAUGCUACAAAAGAGCCAGAAAAGAAGGAUGAUGUCAAUGCACGCAAGAUUGAUCAAGAUCCAGUGGGUGAUAAGCUUGCAGGGAGUACAACACCUUUAGAAGAUGCAUUGGCGUACAUCAAGCCGUGGGUGCUCGCUGCACCGGCGGAUCCCGAACCACAGGGACUUUUGGCAGGCGUGUAUGCGUCUAUGGGUAAUUGGGAGGCUGUGCUUGAAGCUCUGCGAAAGGAGAAGGAGCUUGGUCACUCUGAGAACAAGGCUGCUCAUCUUGCCGUGGUCAAGGAGGCCCUGGAAGGGGCUGACAUGGCAGAUGAGCUGAAGUUGCGUAUUGAGACGGCUCUUGCAUAGACAUAUUUUGGCAUCAUCUAGAUCUAUCUAGACAUCUACCCACUUUGCCUACAAAGGAAGCCA